GUUCAGGAGCUGCAAGUCAUUGUGAGGGGAAUGCUCGAGGUGUCCGGCUGAGUGACGGGCGUUAUUGCUGUAACGUUAAAUAUUCUGGUAGUUUGAGAAGACGAAUGACUUAAGCCAGACUUAUUUUGUUUUGAAGUCAUGGAUUGGAUUGAAAAGACUGUGUUCCUGCACGUUGUUGUGCCUGCUUUUGGGAGACAACCACUGUUCACCUUAGGAAGUUAUGCGUCGACGAUAGUCACUGGCGAUGACACUUUUACCAUCCAGCAUGAGGGCACAGGCAAGUGUUUCCAGGCCCAGCAGAACUCUCUAAUGCUAGGGGACUGUUCGACAGAGCUGGCCCACUUGUGGAAGUGGGGCUCAGGCCACCGGCUCUUCCACACGGGUUUGUCUGCUUGUUUGGCCAUGGAUGUUCCCAAAACGCUGUCCCUUACCAGCUGUUCUGCACAGCCCAUGAUGGAAUGGCACUGCUUUGAGGGAUACAUUUACACUGUCUAUCAGAUGAAGCUGAGCGCCUCUGCCAACGGCACUGUAUCUACCAAAAGAGACUCAUCAGAUACCUGGAUCAGGGGAGGAACAUCUGAAAACAUCUGCCAGCAGCCGUAUCGGGUGAUUCACACCAGUGGUGGUAACUCUAGUGGAGCGCCCUGCACAUACCCCUUCUUGUACAACAACACAAGGCACCACACUUGUCUCCCUAGCGACGACGCUCAUCCUCUAGACUGGUGUUCCACGUUAGAUAACUAUGACCAGGAUCAGAAAUGGGGAAACUGUCUUAAGUAUGAGGAGGGCUGUGGUGCCUUAUGGAACAUCUCUAUGAAUGGUCGUUGUUACCAGGUGGUCUCCACGGCAAUGGUUACCUGGCACGAGGCGAGGGAUGCUUGUCGUAGUCAGGGCGGAGAUUUGCUCAGUGUUUCCAGCCCAGAGGAACUGCGUAUCUUUAAAGCAGGAACUGAUCUACCAGAGAAGAUGUGGAUUGGUUUGAACGAUCUGGACUGGAUGCAGGGGUGGCAGUGGUCAGAUGGAUCACCCUUUGCAUAUGCCCCAUGGGAUGCAGAUUCCCUUUCAGAUAUGUCCAUCUUGCUAGCAUCGGACUGUGGUGUGAUGCACUCUAAAAUGCGCUUCAGCAGUGAAAUAUGCGAGUUGAAGCUGCCAUAUAUCUGUCAGAAGACUGAGAACAACACACAGACUGAGGUUGCAGGUAAAGUGGUGUACACAUCCACCGAGUGUGACAGUGGCUGGAUCCCAUGGCAGGGUUUUUGCUAUAAGCUUUAUGGAACCCAGAGAGAGAUGAAGAAGGCUUACGCAGCUGCCCAGCAGGUGUGUGUGCAGAACGGAGCUCAGUUGGCCAGCUUCCACAGCCUGGAGGAUAUCGAGAUGCUCAACACUCAGUUUAAUGAGACGUUGAAUGUGUGGAUAGGACUAAAGGCCAUUCACAACACAGAUCUCUUUAAGUGGGAGGAUGGAACAGAAGUGUCGUUUACGUACUGGGGACGAAUGCAGCCACCACUGCUGAACCUCAUCACUGACAGCUGUGUGGCUUCCUUAGAAACGGACCAUGGGUGGUUUGUAGUACCUUGCAACACAUCGAGGCCCUUCCUGUGCAAGAAGAAUGGCACAGUGAACGAGAGUGCACCAGAGGAGGGCUGCCCACAAGAUGGGGGCUGGAGGAGGCAUGGAAAUGCAUGUUAUAAAAUCGACACUCAGGAGGUAUCCUACAAGAACAGCUGUAAACUUAGCAUAAACAGCAGAUUUGAGCAGAGCUUCAUUAAUAGUCUCCUGAAGGAUCAUAUCAGCAAGAAACCACUGUACUUUUGGACUGGACUGCAGGACUCUAAAGGCACUAGAGAAUAUCAGUGGUUCAGUUCAACUGGACAAGGAGACAAAGUUACUUUUACCAAUUGGAGAUGGAAUGAACCAGCUCUUGUAGGAGGAUGUGCAGUGUUAUCCACAGCAAGCCCGGUGGGUCAGUGGUCUGUGAAGAACUGCACUGUGUUUAAAGCUGGUAGUAUUUGUAAGCGACUUGUUACUGCUGGAGCACCUGCACCAACGGCAGCUGAGCCGGAUCUCAAUGCCACCUGUCCCCCAGGAUGGGUCUCUGCAGAGGGAAUCGGAUAUUGCUACAAGGUCUUCCACGAGGAGCGGCUGAGUCGUAAGCGCUCAUGGGAAGAGGCUGAACGGUUUUGUGAAGCUCUGGGAGCUCACCUGCCAAGCUUUACAGAUAUGAAGGAGAUGCAAACCCUGCAGAACAUCAUAAGAGACUCCAUUAGUGAUGAUAGGUUUUUCUGGGUUGGAUUAAAUCGCCGAAGUCCGAACUAUGAUAACAGCUGGGAAUGGAGUGAUGGACGGCCUGUGUCAGUGAUGAUCUUUCCCCAAGAGUUUCAUGGAGAUGAUGAUUAUAACAGAGACUGUGCUGCCUUUAAGUCACUGAAAGGAAACGCCUUCCCUUUUUUCCUUUGGCUACAUUAUGUUCCUCCACGCCCAUUUUACUCCAGUGCCUUUCAUUGUGACGCUAAGCUAGAAUGGGUGUGUCAGAUCCCUAGAGGUCAAACCCCAAAAAAGCCUGAGUGGUAUAAUCCAGAUGGACACCAUGAGACCUCAGUAUUCAUCGAUGGUCAGGAGUUCUGGUUUGUGACCCAGCCACAGCUGUCCUAUGAGGAAGCCAGUAUCUAUUGCAGCAGCAAUCGGAGCAAACUAGCCACUCCUCUGACCAUCAACGCUGCCAGACAUCUGCAGGAGCACCUCUUUAAACAUGCAGAUUCAAAAAUAGUGAACUGGUGGAUGGAUCUUCGUCAACCAGGUCCUCUUGUUCCUCUAAGGUUGCACUUUUAUCGCUCUGCGUUCUUAGGCAGAUGUACCUCCAUCAGUCCAGACUCGUUCAUGCCAGAUUACCGGGUAAGCUGUGGCAACAAACAGCCCUUUGUGUGUGAGGCACUGAAUGUCACAUCUGCAGAAACUGGAACACAAGUCCCUCACCCACCUGGCAAAUCAUGUGAAGAAGGAACCCUGGCCUUCAGAGACAAGUGUUACACAGUGAUAAAACCUCAAUUGUGGAGUUUUAAAAAAGCCAAUGAGAUAUGUAUGUCUUUGAGGGGCAAUCUCCUGUCGAUCAGAGACCAAGCUGAGCAAGACUUUGUCACUACACUCAUACCGGGACAGCCACCAAAGCUCUGGAUUGGUCUGAAGCUGAGGCUUCAUGAUACUCAGUGGAUUGACAAGUCACCCAUCACAUACCUCAACUUUAAUCCCCUGCUCCAUGGCCAGCAGCGACCCGUGUUCAUCAAUACCUUUGAGCAGGAUGGAUUGGAGCUGUGUGCCUUUAUGCUUAAUGAUGCCCACUCAGACUUGCUGGGCACUUGGGACUACACGUCCUGCACUGACGAGCAGAGUGUCACCAUCUGCCAGCACUAUGCAGAUAAGCAAGAGACCCCUGUGGUGUCUGAGAAAGAGUUCCAAGUCAACAAUCACACAUUUAAGCUGUUUUUAAAGGAUAACGUGACCUGGUUGGAGGCUUGGGAGUUGUGUAAGACCAAUAGCAUGGACCUAGCUAGCGUGGCUAAUGCGUACCUACAGGCUGUGCUUACUGUAAAUGUCAGCAAAUUUGGACAUCCCCUCUGGAUUGGACUGUAUAGCGAAGAUGAGACACAUUACCGCUGGACAGAUCACAGCCAUACUGCGUUCAGUCGCUGGGGCCCAGAGGUCACUGCAGGCCGUUGUGUGUACUUGGACACUGACGGCUUCUGGAAGGCCACAGAAUGCGGGGAGAAGCUCAGAGGAGCUAUCUGCCACAUCCCACAAGAUGAACACAUCCCACCUUCUCACGAUGCAAAUAAAUGUCCACACACAAACAAUGGAGCCAACUGGAUCCCAUUUCAAAACAACUGCUACACGUUCCUGCUGCAGUCUGCAAGAUGGCAGGAGCAUGACAAGAACAACAAUCAGCAGACGUGCAAGGCUCUUGUUGGAAUGGGAGAUAUUCUGACGAUUCGAAAUGAGGAAGAGAAUGAAUUCAUAAAGACGCAGCUCCAGCCUUUCAGAAAUUUGGCCAAGUUUGUGUGGCUGGGGAUGUACAAAGACCAGAGCAGUCAUCAGCUGAAAUGGUAUGAUGACACCAAAGUUCAGUACUCCAACUGGAAAUAUGGAAGACCAAAUGUCUCAGAGCCUUUCAUGGCUGGACUGGAUCUGAGCGGAAAGUGGGAGCUGAUUCAGAGCGUGUCGAUCUUUACACCAUUUAAGCAGAGAGCCAUUGUGGUGUGCAAGAUUGAACGAGAUUCCAAAGAUGAGUUUCGAAAGAGCCCAACUGAUGUGAAGGCUCCACUGGGCUACAGUUUUCGUUUGGUUGCCAAGAAACUGAACUGGUAUCAGGCCCUGGAGGAAUGCAGUAGUGAUGGUGGCCAUCUUGUGAGCAUACAUAAUGAGACGGCCAAUGUGAACAUGGCCCUGAUUGCCAGACGAGAUGGAUUUCCUCUUUGGAUCGGCCUUUCCAAGCAAGAUUUCAGCGAUUGGCCCUAUGAGUGGUCAGAUGGGACACCUUUACAGUUCCAUCCCCAAGGGUUUGAGAUUGCAGGUUCUAAAUCUGAGGAGAAAUGUGUGUAUAUAGACAAUAAAGGAAGCUGGUCAACAGUAAACUGCAAAGCUGAGCUGGAGGGAGCCAUUUGUUACAACAGUAACGGUAAGGCAAAUGUGCAUUCAUACACGCAGAUGUCUGCUCAGUCCAGCAAUGACUGUCCUAAGAGUGAUAGGCACGCUGCAUGGAUCCAGUUUGAAAACCACUGUUAUGCUAUCGACAUGACCCACUACAACUACUCUGUCUACACCAUGGUGGCUGCCAAGGGCAUCUGUGAGAAACUGAAUCCUGCCUCUCAGCUUUUGACCAUUAAAAGUAAGGAGGAGAAUGAUUUUGUCUCACGUCAUGUUGCUGAAAAUCCCCUCGUCACCAGUCGCGUAUGGCUGGGUCUCAACACAGCUGAAGCUGCUGGAUGGAUGGAUGGUAGUGCACUGGGCUUCUCUAAUUGGGGACACUCUAAGCCUCAGUCCGGUUGUGCAUGUUUGGUGUCGAUUAAUGGAACAUGGAGCAGCGCCAGCUGCACUAAAGCCGCUGCCAGCGUCGUCUGCAAAAUGGAUGCCAAUCACAGCGGUGCUCCUGUGGCCUUGGCUUUUUUCAUCAUCGUGCUCCUGUGCCUCGUGGCAGUGGUGGUCUUCAUCGUUUAUAAGAGAAACAAGCACCGCUUCUUCACUGUGCGCUACCACAGGAACUUUGAUGAAGCAGACAGCACCAGUAUCAUUUCUGAGACUGAGUGAAUGUUGCACUGCAAGCAGCUGGCAAACAAAAGCAACAGCAGCAGGAUUCUGUACCUUUCGAUAUAAGCACUAAUAUGAUAAACAAGAACAUCCAAACAUAAGUGUUCUAACAAAAGGAGUCAAUUAAUUAUCUCAGUAUCUGCUCAGUAUGACACAGUUUACGGGUUUUUGAUUUCUAAUUAAUAUUCUGAAGGAUGCCAGUGGUUUUUGAGAUAUGCCUAAACUCGGUGGUGUUAUUUUUAUUUAAAUUGUCUUAAUGUUUUGGGGUUUUUUGUUUGUUUUAAUGAGAGGACUUCCAAAAUGUUGAUUGUGCUGCAGUAUUUAUGGUAUUUGUGUUGUUUUGGGUAUACUGAAGCAGCGCUGGGUUUUUUCUUUAGGCCCAACAGGGUUUCUCUUUUGCUUCUUUCAAAAUAGGAAUGAUUUGUUGGUUGUUGUUUUUUUUUCUUUUUCCAAACGCCAAACUGGGAAACAACAAAUUUCUUUUGAGACUUAGGUUUUUGUUGAUUUCCAUCUAAAUAUCUAAUUACGUUCUUUAUUUGAUUUGAAUAUUCAUUUGUCAAAUACUAAAUUCAUGCACUUUCUGCAUUACACAUUUUCAAACUAAUGUGCAGCCUACUCAAACAGAUACUUACUGUUUUUGCUGGAUCUGUCUUUGUCACUGUUUACUGUUUCCUUGGUUCAUAACUCUUAACAAGAAUGGAUUUUUUUUUGGUUGUUUGGUUUGUUUUGUUUUGUUUUGUUUUUGGCAGAUUGUAAAAUUUAUACUUAACUGCUCUUCUGAACCAAACGAUUCAUUACAUUAGACAAACCUUUUACUGCUUAUAUACAUACUCCAUAAGUGCCUAGGUCCCACUUCACUAUGUGCAUCUGAAGUGCCAUUAAUUAUCUAAACAGCACAACAUACAUAACCACAUGUCCACAUGGUACUCUGCAGAAAUAUUAUACAGUCACAUUGUUACAUACCACCCCAACAUUCAACUACAGGUUGCUAUAAAUAAUCUAUAACACCUCUUACAUCAUUAUUUACAGUACACUGAAUGUCUCAUUGCUAUACAUCAUAAGAUAAAUGUCUGGAAUGCUUAAUGUAAAGUGGGAUCUAACAGAGUUAAUGUGAGCUGAGGAGACUUGCGCUGAAAAUUAAGUUUACCUCUGAUAUUCUAUGCACUCAAACUACUGAUAUGUAAAGCACUUUAUAGAGAUGUUUUUGCUUUUGAACUGUUUAAGCACACUGGGAGGGUGUUUUAUGUUUUUGAGAAAAUAUGCAACUUAAAAGGCACUCCAACAGCACAGCGCUGGGUGCUGUGUGUGUAAUUUUUGUAAAUAUCUUUUAUGCUUUCAUGCUGUUGUGAUUUUCCUUUUAGAUGGAUUUUUAGAUAUAUAAACCAAAGAGACUCCUCAAAUAGUUUGAUAGUAAACUAUUCAGAUUUACCUUUCCCCUGAUGAAAAAAAAAAAAGUAACCCAACAGAAUAUCUUUGUCUUUGGUUUAACUUUGUAUGGAUCCAGGUUGUUUCUCCAAGAAGACACUGACCACCACUCAAUAAAAUGCUGUCACCAUGAUGUGAAA